UCAAUACGCACGUACUAAAAAAAAGAGAAAAUGCUCAUCAAUCAGUACAAGCAUUGAUUACUCUUUAAACACGAAUUGUGUGUUUGCAUACGAAUGCUUUGCUCGAUAGAGCACAUUAACCUAAAAUAUGCAAUAUUUUUGUAUAUGGCUAAUUAAUACAUCGUUGAAAGUAUUUAAGCACCGCAAAAAUGAAUAUAACAACUUAUAAUGGUACGUAACAGCACUUCACACGUUAAUAGUAACACCGAAAAGAGUAAAGAAGAGGAUAAACAGGGUACUGAGGAGUUAACACAUGGUAAUGAAUCGCAUACUCUCGGCACAGUGGCAGAAGACCGUAUUGGAAGUACAUCGGAAGUAGGACAUGGUGUGACAAAUCCGAAUGAGCUGAAUCAUGAACCACAGACUAGCACGGAACGCAGUCUUUCCAAGAAGAUCAAGUUUUACGCAGGAUGUCGUAAAAAGGAUGGCAGUGCCGAAUGUAAGACAUGGUUAAACGAUGAGAAGGAUAUGUCUAUUGAUGUGGAAUUAUUUGGUAUGGACUUAGAAGAAACUGAAAAAGAUAAAUACAUGAGCAAAGGUUUUAUCACUUUUAUGGAACCAGAGUCCUCUGCGAAAUCGAGUGGCGCAGAAAUGUCCACAAUGAAACUGAAAUACGUAACUUAUGGUAAUUAUAUGAAAUUUUCUAAUGGUUAUAAUGGUAAAUCGCCGUAUCAACCAUUAGGUUCUGGUAAGAUAGUUGGUUUCAGGACGAUCUGUUCUAAAAAUAAUUUUGGAAUUGUGAAUUGCGACACGUACGAUGAUUCUGUAAACCCUAAUGAUGACAAAAUGGAGCUGGUUAAAUUAUCUUGCAUCGAUUCUAAAGAUUAUAUACACUGUCAAGGUGUUUCGAUUGUCAAAGGCAUUGAUUUUGGUCCAAAGAGGGAGCUUCCUCAUGUUCCCAUCCUCGCACCGAUUGAACCUAGCACAUGA